UGCCUAUAGUAUACUACUAACAGGAAUCCUGCCAUCCUCUUGUACCAAGCGGGAGCACCGAGAAUGAAGCACUGCUACUGCUAACUGCCCACUAGAUCGUACCUACUAUGCAGAUACUGAAACCCACCACCAUUGAGGUGCUUACAGCAUUACUCUGUACAGCUCUGUUUGUUAGUGCCCGUGCAGCCAAGCCAAGUCAGGUCGAAGCAUGCGUGCGCGUGUGGGGGAGGGGCCGCCACUUAACGCGCCCACAGAAACACACAUUUCUCAGCUUGGCCAGGAAAAUGAACCGCGUCGUGUGGGCGCGUCUGCGGGUCGCGUCAUGAAAUCUUUCCACCCCAGCACUAUGGAGCGGUAAUUCCGUUGUCAAGGCAAUUCAACUCGGCUCCUUCCUUUCUUUUCCAGCGUCCAGCCUUUUAGCAUUUCGCAGCUUCCCGCUUUUUCGACUUUUCCUUUUCAACUGGCAGUGACGCCUUGUUCUCAAAUCAUCAGGCACAUCUCUCCUACUAGUUAUUGUUUUUUUUUUUUUUUUUU